AUGUCAAACAUGAGGACUACCCGCAUCCUCGCCGCGGGGAAGUCUGUGAGGCGCCCCACGCCCGAGGACCGUCUCCAGCGGAAGAUGGAAGCCAGAGCAGCAGCAGCAGCAGCAGCAGCAGCGGCGGCGGCGCGCUCGACGCCGUCUCCCGCGGCUGCACCAGCGGGUGAAGCGACCACUCCGCCACCGACAGCCCUCCUCACCGCAAGCCCAACACGAUCGCGAAUGCUCCCGGCGGUAGUAGUCGUGAAGGGGAAGACCGGUUCUGCCGCAUCUGUAGCCACCGUCGAAGCCGCUGCCGCACGGCCAUCAUCGACUGGCGAUGACGAAAGCGCCAUCAAGACCGAAUUCAUGGGCCUGGCGGCUUCUCGGGAAGAGCCCGACGCCGCGACAGCAGCGAGCGGUAGAUCUUCGGAACGCGGCGGUGGCGUUUCUGUAACGGCCGGCGAAGACGAGCCGCGGGGGGGUGACGCGAUCGGGGGGGGCACCCGGCGCGAGGGGGGCGGGGCCGCGAACGGCGUCGGGACGUCUCCAGGCAAGACCGGCAGCAGCGGUGGCGCAACGAUCGAGGGCAGCGUGCACGAGCACGGCAGAGGGAGGUCUGCACCCACCGACGAGGGCAGCAGUCGCGGUGAUCACCGACAAGGUUGUGGUCGUACGCACGGCCUCUCGCGACGGGAAACUCGGACGAACGAUACCAUCGAUAAAUCAGACGCCGAGAUGGGCGGGGACGCUGGUGCACGAGGCCCGUCGGAACUGCAUCCCGCGGACGGUGACAAUAAACGCCUCCUGCGGCCAUCAAAACCAGGGGCAGAAGAAGCCCUCCUUCGAGGAGUGCGGGAGGGGCCGUUGAGGGACGCUCUGGCGGCCCUGUUGACCUCUACCGUCAUGGGCGAGGACGGCGGGAGGGUCCUGGCCCCGAGCUUCCCGUCCAUCUCGGCGCUGUGCGAGCUCAAGUACAGCGAGCCGAUCGGCCCACCGCAGGCAUCUGCGGUAGAAAGGGCCAUUCUUGCAAGGCCCGGCGUUCUCCUCCGGUUGAGCCUGGCGGGAAAAAGGAUCGGAGACCGAGGAGCCAUGGCGCUUGCCCCGGCUCUGGCCGCGAUUCGGAGCGUCGACCUCCGGAGCAACAACAUCGGCGACGUCGGAACAACAACGAUAGCGUCGGCGCUGCGUGAGGCCGCGGCGACAGUUCGGCUCGGUGGGCCAGCGGCGGGAGCCAAUCAAACAAAGAGCAGCCUGUGUGUCCUGGAAAGCCUUAGCCUUGCCGGAAAUCGGAUCGAGGACGCGGGAGCGGCGGCUCUGAGCGACAUGCUGGAGGUGCAAAACGAAAACGACAAAGAAUCGAUAACAAAUCGCCAUCCUAGGGGAAGGAACGUGACGUCGGCGCCCGAGCUGUUUCCAUCUCUGGCCUGGCUUAGCGUGGCGGGAAAUCCGGGCAUAUCGGGUGACGCUAGAGAGCGACUGCUUCAGGCGGGUGUAAACCGCCAAGAAAUGCGCCGCCGUAGAGGGUCCGAGAACCAACAACCCUCGAUGGUAGUCAUCGUGUAA